CCAGACACUGGCUCCAAGUGUGCUGGGGCCUUCUCAGCAGCAUUUCUGCAACGAAGUCUGGGCGCCCAGCACUAGCAAUGAGGAUUCGCUUCUGUUUCCUCAACACCUGGAACAACCAAGUCUUUGGAGUUACGGCCCCUCAGACGCUGCUGGGACUUCAUCUUGUGUCUGGAGCUGUGCGGGAAGUGGAGGACAGGGGAGAAGCCAGCCCCGGGGAUGUCGGCUGAAAGCUGAAAUGUGCCACAGCCCUGCGCUCCUCCUCUCCGACAAGGACUCUCCACUCUGCCCGUCUCCUCACACAAGGCUGGGAUCUGCUCCUCUCCUUGGAUGCGGAGGGUCGGGCCUCCGAGUUCUUCUGACUGGAAGGCAUGUUACGAAACGGGAUGUACCCUCGAGAGCUGCAGAAAAGGCCUGCCUUGUCCAGGGCAGAGUGAAAAACAGCCCCACCCUGUCUCUCUCAGUCUCUGUUAUCCAGCAACUGUCCAAAGACGUGGAAGAACGUCAGCAAGGCAUACUGGAAGCAGGAGAUGUAUGCAAUGCCCAUCUACCAAGAAGGCAGGAGCAGGAGAGGAGCCAGAGUGUCAAGACGCAGGCGCGGUACAGGGAGUUGAGAUGCGCGCCGAGUGCUCAGAAAAGCUUACAAACCUGUGCAGAGACAACAGCAUCACCGAAUGCUCUCUCCAACUCUGCCUCCAUCUGUGCGUCCGCUGCAUUUCUCUGUCCAUCGGACACAUUCUCCGCCCUCUCCCACACCGUGUGGAAAGAGGCCCACCCACAGCUCCCAGGCCACACCUGCAAUUCCAACCGCAGGGAAGGGGCGACUCAGCUCUGCUUUAGUUCUAGGUUGCUGGGGAAAAAGUGACCCAGCCUCUCAGCUCCAUCCCUGGGCCUCAGUGGGACAUUCUCAAGCAUGGCUUCUGCUACUGUGCUGCCUCGGAUUAGGUGAAAAGCCUGAGAAUGCAUGUAGGACACUCAGAUACACCAAGAAAUAUCUACUAUACAGGAGGAGAAUGUCUACGAAAACAAAGCCUAGAUAGGCAACAAUACUAGGACAUAGUAAAGAAAGGGAAUCUUCAGCCCUACUUUUCCUUCACUGUCAGGCUCUCGGACACUCUCCACCCUGCAGACUCCACUGAGCAACCAGCAGGCCCGUCACCGGUGUCCCGGGAGUCAGGCAGAGCCUGUCCACCUCCGGCACUGUUAUGCUCCCCAGUGUCUCCCGUGCCCUGUGCUAGAGGAGAACACAAGUCCCUUCUUCAGCAAACAUUUGUCAAGCCAAUGCUGUCUUAUAACCAGAACAGAGGGAAGAUGACUUAGUUCCCUGCUUGAUUUUGACUUUGACUUUAAGACCAUAUGGGCCGGGCCGGGGAUUUGGUUCAGUGGUUCCGCCUGCCUUGCAAGCACAAGGACCCAAGUUCGAUCCC